AUGGAGAAAUUCUGCUCUAUCUGGAAGCACACGUUCUGGAAUGGAGUUGGUGACGACUUGCACUAUAAAGUCAUCGAGGGGGGCCAGAAGUUCACAGGGCUCCCCAGUCUCAAAACGUCCUCCCAGCGCAGGCUGCUGACCGUGGUGCUGCAGGGCGCGGCGGGUGUGGGCAAAACCACGCUGGCCAAGAAGUGGAUGCUGGACUGGGCCCAGGACCACCUCCCGGAGACAUUCCACUCCGCCUUCUACCUCAGCUGCAAGGAGCUGGGCCGCCAGGGAGCCUGCGCCUGCACCUUCGCGGAACUCCUGGCCAAGAAGCGUCCAGACGCACAGGAGGCCGGCCGCCAGGUCCUCGCCCAGGGCCAGGAGGUCCUGGUGGUUGUCGACGGCUUCGACGAGCUCCGAGUCCCCUCGGGCUCCCUCAUCCAUGACAUCUGCGGCGACUGGAAGGAGCCCAAGCCCGUGCCCGUCCUGCUGGGCAGCUUGCUGAAGAGGAAGCUGCUGCCCAAGGCCACGCUGCUGGUCACCACGCGCCCCGAGGCCCUGGGCGAGCUGCGGCUCCUGCUGGACCAGCCGCUGCUGGUCCAGGUGGAGGGGUUCCAGGAGGCGGAGCGCAGGGGCUACUUCCUGGAGCACUUUGAGCAGCAGGACCAGGCCCUGCGCGCCUUCCAGGGCAUGAAGGCCAGCCCGGCGCUGUUCCGCAUGGGCGCGGCGCCCGCCGUGUGCUGGGUCGCGUGCACCUGCCUGAAGGGGCAGCUAGACAAGGGGGAGGACCCGGCCUCCACCUGCAAGACCCCCACCUCGCUGUUCCUGCGCUUCCUGUGCGGCCAGUGCCCCCACCUGGCAGCCCCCGCCCCGCGCCUCCCCACUGGGCUCCGCGCCCUGAGCCUCCUGGCCGCCCAGGGCGUCUGGGCGCACAAGUCCCUGUUCGAUGGCCAAGAUCUCGGGCAGCUGGGCGUCAGCGAGGCCGACCUGCGCCCUUUCCUGGAAGGCAAGGUGCUGCAGGCGGACGCGGACUGCGAGGGCUGCUAUGCCUUCCUGCACCUCAGCGUCCAGCAGUUCCUGGCCGCCCUGUUCUACUUGCUGGACGGGGGCGCAGGCGGCUGCGGCUGUGGCUGUGCAGGGCAGGGCAUUGGGGACGUGCGCGCGCUGCUCUCCAAGGGGGAGCGGCUGCGGAACCCCAGCCUGGCCCACGUGGGCCGCUUCCUGUUCGGCCUGGCCAACGAGGAGCGCGCCCGGGAGCUGGAGGCCGCCUUCGGCUGCCGCGUGUGCCGGGAGGUGAGGCAGGAGCUGCUGCUGGCGGCGCGCUCCACUGCCCGGGACUGGCCCUCCUCCUCCAGGGCUGACACCCGGGAGCUGCUGCACUGCCUGUACGAGUCCCAGGAUGGGGCGCUGGUGCGGGAGGCGCUGGAGCCUGUCACGGAGCUGGCCCUGCACCUGCAGAGCGAGCGGGACCUGGUGCACGCAGCCUACUGCCUCGGGCACAGUCGGGCCCUGCGCAGGCUCUCGCUGCAGGUGGAGAAGGGCAUCUUCGCGGAGAAGGACAGGUUCCAGGAGCCGGGCACGUCCCAGGAAGACCAUCUCGCUCUUUGCUGCUGGAUGGAGCUGUGCUCUGUGCUGAGUUCCAACAAGGACCUGACACUUCUGGAAGUGAGUCAGAGCUUCCUGAGCCACUCCUCCGUGAGGAUCCUGUGUGAGCAGAUAACCCGCGUCACCUGUGCCCUCCAGAAGGUGGUGAUUAAGAACGUCCACCCGGUGAACGCUUAUCGGGACUUCUGUCUGGCUCUGGUGGGCAAGGAGACCCUGACACACCUGGUCCUGGAGGGCGGCAUCCACUGCGACCACAUGCUGUUGCUGCUGCUGUGCGAGGCCCUGAGGCACCGGAAGUGCAAGCUGCAGUAUCUCAGGCUGGGGUCUUGUUUUGACUUCACUCAGCAGUUGAAUGACUUCUCCUUGGCCCUCGAAGUCAACCAGUCCCUGCAAUCUCUGGACCUCACAGCCAGCAAGCUCGGGGACGAGGGCAUCAAGUUGCUGUGUGGAAGCCUGAGGCACCCCAAUUGCUUCCUGCAGUGGUUGUCGCUGGAAAACUGUCACCUGACGGAAGUCUGCUGCAAGGAGCUCGCCUCCACCUUGAUUGUCAACCCGAGGCUGACACACCUGUGCUUGGCCAGGAACAACCUUGGAGACAGUGGGGUGAGACUUCUGUGCGAGGGUUUGAGCUACCCAGAAUGUCAGCUACAGGCCCUGGUGUUGUGCCAGUGCAGCAUAACCAGAAGCGGCUGCAAACACAUCUCCGACUUUCUCCAAGGAGACUCCAGCCUGACCCUCUUGGACCUGAGUCUCAACCCCAUUGCGACUGGAUUGUGGUUUCUCUGUGAGGCGUUGAAGAAGCCAGGUUGCAACCUCAAAUGCCUGGGGCUCUGUGGCUGCUCCCUCCCAUCUUUCUGCUGGCAAGACCUGGCAUCUGCCCUGGCCAGCAACCAGAGGCUGGAGGUCCUGGACCUGGGCCAGAACGCCAUGGGGCCAAGUGGGAUCACCGUGCUCUUCGAGACCCUGAAGCAGAGGUCCAGCCCUUUGAAGAGAUUAAGGCUGAGGGCCGAUGAGUCCAGUGCCCAGACCCAGAAGCUGCUGAAGGAAGUGAGAGACUGCAACCCCAAGCUGAAUAUCGACUGCAAGGCUGCCCGAGCGGCCAGCUCCUUCUGCUGCGAAUCCCUUUUCUUUAUGCCCCGAGAUAACUUCCCGGCUAUCUACUAGUCUCUCUGGUG